GACCACGAAGAAGAGGGCGACGAGGAGGAAGAAAGUGACAGUGAUGAUGAGGAUCACAGACCGGAUUUGGCGAGGACGACGGUCGUGGGCUACGAGCUGCUCGCUGACAAGCUGACGGGAGUUGCAAAGAGCGAUGCCAGUGCGGCGCAAGAGCAUGACAGGAUUGUUCCCAUGUACCGCAAGUUCGAGCAACUGAACCACAGGGUCCUGCUUCAUCUGCAGGAUGAGAUAGCCGAGCUGGAGGAGGAGCUGAGGUGUACGGAUGAGUGCAUUGCUCAGUGCCUGCCGCGGAACGAGGCGGGUCAGGUGUAUCCAGCGUCGCGGAGGGGGGAUGCUCGAUAUGGGGGAGAGCUGCAGUACAAGAGGACUGAGCUGCUGGGUCGAAUCUACUUGAAGCUGGGACAGUACAAUCAAGCCUUGUCGUCAUUCAGCAGCAUGCUGAAGAACCUGGACACAGCCAGCCCCGCCGAUAUCCAGACGUACCGCACAUGGCUCCAGAGACACUGUCCCAUUGACUCCAACGAGGCGCGCUUCCUCGAGUGCAAAGACGACUUGGUCGCAAUAAGUCGGCCACAUGGGUCGGCGAGCGGUACUGGAGGGGGAGGAGGUGUCAGCCCCCACCAACGGGCAGCGGUGGGGCUCCCUCUGAUUGCGGUGUUCCCGCUCAUGGCGUUCGCGAUUGUGCCUGGAUUACUGGCACGGCUGUUCAUCCUCACGGUCAUCGGGGCGGCAGAGGUGUUUGUGGUGACGUCGAGCGAGUUGAUGGGGCUGAUGACGGUUCGGGAAUGGUUCGUCUGUGCGUCCAUGUAA